AUGAAUGCAGUAAUUUCCCGCAACUUGCGUUCACGUCUGUCAUUUCACAUCAGACAUCAAAUUAGAUUAUACUCGGCUGCAACUGACUUGCGAAGGACGCGCGAGGAGCUGAGGAGUUUGGGAUGUGGUUCUGUCGACUUUGAUACAAAAUUCGCACCUGGAAUCGCAUUGAUUAGUCUAAGGAACCCAGGACGACACAACGCAUUGUGUGGUAGAAUGAUGGCUCAAUUGGCAGAUGUUGUUGAUAAAUUACAAAAUAUAGUUGAAGGGAAAGUGGAAUCGGAGGAAGAGAGUGCAUUGGUGGCCGUUAUAUUGACUGGAAGUGGAAACAAGUCUUUUUGCUACUUGAAUGUAGCAAAAGAUCACAUAAACGAUUCAACAGGUGCCGCAAAAAUGGGUAGCGUCAUGCAAGACACUCUACUGCGGUUCUUUCGGCUUCCUUUAAUAUCAGUAGCAGCUAUUGAAGGAUACGCACUUGGCGGUGGAGCAGAGUUGACGACCAGUUGUGACUAUCGAAUUAUGUCGCACUCGGCUGUAGUGCGGUUCGUGGCGACCUCGCCUGUGUGGGGCGGAGGAGCAAGACUGGUUGGAAUUGUCGGUCGUUCAAAGGCCCUAAAGCUUUUAGCCACUGGUGACAAAAUCACCGGCCAGUCGGCCCUCGACAUGGGCUUUGCCAAUGCACUUUCUGAAUCCGGCGAAUCCGUCUCGAAAUCCAUUGAAUUCCUCGAUCCUUUUGUUUACUUCCUAGAACCGACGGAAAGAGAACAUGGUUCCGAAAGGAAGAGGAGUUCGGUGAAAGCCGUGAGAAGUAUGAAGAGUUUGAUCGCGUCAGCUUCGACGGAUCCUUUGGAUGUCGUAAAGCAAGUCGAAUUCGACCUUUUUUGCGGCCUUUGGGGAAGCGGUGAGAAUAAAGAAAUUUUGGAAGAAUAUAAACGCCGAAGGGUCAAGGAAUAA